AGAGAACGUGUGACCUGCUUCAUUUCCCCGGCAACACUUUCUUUAACCAAGUUCUUCACAGAGUAAACUCUGUCAGACUUCAUUCCAAUUUCACAGAUGAAGCACCGCUUCAACGUUUUCCUUGUAAGAAAUAUCCCUUGAUAAGCUACCCAAGCAAUUCACUUUGAACGAACUUUUCGCAGAGGUGGUGAAUAUGAGUCAUGAAGAUGAAUUAGGGAAGGACGAAACUAUGGUGCAGGUGAUAGAUGAAUUAAAAAGGGAGGAAAAGCAGAUAUCACAGGAGUUGAAGGAACUGAAGGAACUGGAAAAACAGAUGAAUAAAGAUCUAAAGGCAGGUAUGAGCAAGUUAGAAGAGUUGGAAAUACCCGAGCUAAAGGAACUGGAAACUCUGGAGCUGAAAGAACCUGAAGAUCUGGCGAUAGCUGAAUUGGAUGAUCUAGAAGAACUGGAAGAACUGGAAGAAAUGGAGAUACCUGAGCUGAAGGAACUGAAGGAAGAUUUAGAGGCAAGUGAGAUGAAGGAACUAGAUCUCGAAAUACCGGAGCUAAAGGAGCUGGAAGAUCUGGAGAUAAAUGAGUUGAAAGAUCUGGAUGAUCUGGAGAUACCUGAGCUGAAAGAACUGGAAGAUUUGAAGAUAAUGGAUGACACCGAACUGAAUAAAGAGAUAGAAGACUUGGAGUGUUUGAAGAAUUGGCAGCUCCACUGUUGAAAAAGAAAUGUCAAAUCUGUUUAAGUUUGCAAUGGCAGUGUUAAAGUAAUAUCUUUGGUUUCAUCCAAAGAUUGGUUUCGUCAGAAAAUAUAAUUCGGAAUGUGAAAGUAUAUUCAUUGUUCAAGAUGUAUUUCAGUCGAUAUAAAAGUUAUAAAGAUUAGAUUUGCGCAUA